UAUCUCCAGUACCCACGCCUUUUUGACCACUUUAUGAGAAUUUGCUCAUCCGGGAAUGGGUCCACAAAUUCCGUGUCCAUCUGAGAUUGUUAAAAACGACCCCCCCUCCCCCGCCCCUCAACAGAUAUAUCGCACGUGUUCGUAAGGUUAAGUUCACAUGCCACCGACAUGCAUGUUGAUGCAUGUGACUAUACGCGGAUUGUUGUGUGCUCCAUUUUGCAAAGUGAAUUGAUGAUUGAGUUCAAUGCAGACAUGACAAUUACUAGUGAACUCAACAUGAUAAAAAAAAUUGAAUAUUACUAUUGAGGAAUAAAUUAUUGUUAUUAUUGUUAAACAAUGUGGUUGACAGAAUCUAGUGUCUUAUUUCGUCAUCUCCGAGAGACAUACCAUUCUCAUGUUAUCAUCAGCAAAUUUAAAUUCUCCGCUGCGGUGAGGAGAUACUCACCGCGCAAAAACUCAUCGACAUUCACCGAAGAGGAAGAGGCUGCAAUAUUAGACACGAUAAAUAAAUGCGAAGCCAGUGACUUCGCGAGGUACGAUAUAAAGGAGGGACAAUUGAAGAGGCUGUUGGCUCUGAGAACGAAGAAUGGGGGGUUUCAGGAUUUUAAUGACGUCCUCAUUACCCAGGAUGUAGCGUCGCUGAUCAAAUUUUGUAGGUCGAUACUGCUGGGAGGGAAGAAAGUUAAAAGUGCUAAGGGGAAUUCUUCAUCGAAGAGUAUUGUCACUCCUGCGAUCACUGAUGUCACUCGAUUCGCGAUUAAAAGCAUUUUGGGCCUCCACGUCUGGGGAAAUGCAGUCAGUUGGUCUCUACUAGAGUCCGAUGGCCAGAUCAAUCACUGGGAGUUGGAAAAGUUCGAUAAUCUAUCGAAAAUGAAUAUUGUAUCGUUAGUAGACUUAAUAAAAGACAUGACUCUGCGCCUGCCAUAUGCUGAUGCCUACGUGAUGGAGGCAGAUAGUUACUCAGCUCUGGGGAAAUUGAAAUCGUCUGCCUACUUCGUUCAUCUGCAACGACAACAGAUUAUCGCGAUGAUCAUGAGUGGGAUUAGGAUGAGAGAAUGUAUAACAAGUGAUCGAGGAGAAAAUUCCCCAAAUUUUUAUUUGAUGCAGGCCCGAUCCCCAGGGAAACUAUUCAAUCUCAUUGUGGGAAGUGAGACAGUCUCUGCGAAGGGCGUCAUCUCGAGAAUAAUUUCUGAUCGGGAAGUGAUGUACCUGCCUCAUCUGCCCCCGAUAGUUAUCGAUCCCAAUAUCGUUGCGAAAUACAAUUCCCAGGAGAUUGCCACCCGCGAGCAGAUGCACUCGGUUCUACUCCUGACUCUAGCAUUUUACAAUCAGAUUUAUGUGAAGAAGAAUGUCUCAAGCGAAAUAAAAACGUCUCAAUGAA